AUGGAACGUUCUGAGAAGAGCCGAGGGCAGCGACGAUGUCCCAUGGCAUUAUGGUUCGAAUGGAGGCUGCGGGCAUCGCGACAAAAUGUGAGCGCCCCAAACGGAAACCGCGCCGUUUUCACGGGUCGUCUUUUGACCAGCCGUUCAAACAAUGCCGAGGUUGUUUGAGACUUAUUCGCUUGAGAGCGCAGAUUUCAAAUGUUGUUUUUGCCAUUUCCUCCCCCUUUUUUUGCCCUGAUUAUCGAAAAAGACUAAAAAACAAAUUUUCAACUACCUGAGCUUCUUUUCUUAUAAUAAAUUUCACAAUUUUUGUUUCUCUUGAUAGCUACUCUAAACUGGAGCGCCUUGAGGCGUGCCUGAAAGUUUCCCUGUCGUCAUAUUUCGACUUUUUCUCCCAGUCGGACAGUGAAAAUUUGCAUGCUGCAGAGAAAUUACCCAGCGCGCCUUAAGGCGCCGCAUUUUAAAAAUAUAAGGGUACAACAAUUACUUUUACUUGCUUUUAUCAAUUUUAAAGUGUUCCAACCCAAAUAUUAGAAAGUUUUGCUAGUUUUCCCGUCGAAAACAUUUUCCAAAAUAUCCAAAGUUCAGAGUGGAGCGACCUUCUUAGUCAUCAACUAUUUCGCUUUUGAAUUCAUUCUUUUUAUCCGCGUGUCAUAUGAAGCAUUUUACCAGAAAACAUAGUUUUUUUUCCUUUUUGUUUACAAGUCGACCAAAAAAAUAUUUUCCUUCUAGAGUUUUCCAGCCUUCGGUGUGCGUGAGCGCGUCGUAUAUUGAUUUGAUUUGUCUCUGUGAAGCAUCACUUUUUUCUCAGGCGGGGCACGACAAAAUGGAUUAUCGACAGGACGACGUUUCGAAUAUAUAUGAAAGAGAUCGACUCGAGGAAGUUUGGUAUACUGCAAGGGCGGAAGAAGAUCUGGCUUUCGCCGAAGAGGCGAAGUGCGAACGAUGGCUCAUGAUCGCUGACGACAAGUACAGAGAGAAGCCUUCGUUGCGCCAGAAGUUGAUAGUUCUUCGCUUGGAAAAAGAACUCGCUGUUCGCGGCAAGAAACUGGAAGCUCUGGAAAGGAUCACCGAGGAUGCUUACCGAGCGUACGAGUCUUUGAUGAUCAGAUAUCCAGUUUAUUUCGUGGUCAGUUUGAUAGCAACUUGAAAGACUUUUAUAUUAUGGUUGCAGAAGAAGCAAUAUCAGAAAUACAUAACUGAAGAAAAAGAAGAAGAUUCAUCCGAGGAAGAUGAACCGAACGGGCCAGAAGAGCCGGAGGGGUCGCAAGAGCCCGAGGAGUCGGACGUCCAGGAAGAAGACGAACAUUUCGAAAACGACAAUGAUGAGGGUUGGGAGGAUAUGGAAGCCGCACCUGCCGCCUGAAGGUACACUUGAGUCUUCUCCACUCCAAAAAAUUGAAACCCUCAAAAUUAUAUUUUUCUCUAUCACUGAAUUUUGAGCGUUCAUAGUUUGAAAAUCGCGAUCUAAAUCAAUAUCGCAAAAAAAAGACAAAAACCAGAGUAGGAUCUCAUAACUCUUCUUAGCAAAAAGUCAGUUUUUAACCAGAAAGUCAGCAUUUGAAAAGAUUUUUUAUCGAAUAUCAGACCAACUUUGAUAAUUUUCCCAGAAUUACGCGCAAAUUCAUCGUCGUCGUCCUUUUCGAAAAUUCUUCAUAUUUCGAAACGGCGUUUGAAAAAAAGAAAUUUUUGCACUCAGCGAAUAUUUUUUUUGCAAAAUUUUUGAGUACGCCGCCUUAUCGAACAAAGUGAAAAUACCAACUUUUGGGACCAUGGGUUUAACAAGUUUUCCUUACUAGGGAACGUUUUUUAGCCCCUUGGUGAAAAUUUGAUGAAACUUGCUGAAUUGUACUUCUGGACCAGCUGAAAAAGGAAAAAUAGCGCUUUUUAUUGUAAUCUGCGUAUUUUGGAGACUUUGAAGCAUCUUAUCUUAAAAACAAAAUCUCUUGCGAGAAUUUUUUUUUCUUGUUUUGCGAUAUAAAGGUUCUAGAGUACCCGUCAGAAAAAUUUUACCAAAAGUUCAACCGGGGCGUAAAAAACUGUUUCUAGUCAGUUAACAUUGAGGUUUAGCAAAAAGCCUGUUUUUUCUUCAAAUAAUUUUUGCAGGAAACACCGAAGCACCACUCCGAUAAUGAAAUAGAGCUGCGCCAAUUUUUAUUUUAUUCUUACAAGUCUCAGUCGUAAUGAGACUAGUUCCAUUGUCGUUCCUUGUGUUCCUUGGAUGUGUCUUAAAUGUUUUUUUUUCAAUCCCUGUAGGACAGCUGUAUAUCUUCUAGCCUGUUAUUUUUUUUCAGUUCAAUUUCAAUGUUGAUUGUUCUUAAAAAUUCACAUAUUAUCCAUUUGAAAUUUAUUCAACUGCUAUUUACCCCUCAGUACAAUUGAACAAGUUUUCGCCUGUUUUUUUGGUUGUUUACCUCCCAAGUGUAUUUGGUGUAUGUUAAUAAAAAAUUCACUUUUUAGUCCUUUAAGGUUUUCCGCCAAACGUUCCACACGUUUUAAUAUUUCAAACUUUGCUUUUAAAUAACACUACAGUUUUAUAGACUCAUUAUUUUAGCUUUCGACAUGAAUGACGCUUUUGACGCAGCUCGGAGACUGGGCGAUUUUUUCGCUCAUGCAACUCGAACUAUCGACCACGCGAUGAAUGUCAACCGAAGAAUCACCAACUUUUUGGCUGAACAAGAACAUCUAGCUGAACCCCGCGUGAGACGUCGAAUGACCCUCAUUCGCAUACAACAACUUCGCGCUAGCCACAUGAAUCUGAUCGACGAAAUCAGACGCGUCGUUGAAAUAACCCAGUGGCAAUACUUCCACUUUAUCCAUCAUCGUGUAAGUUUCAAAUUUUUAUUUUUAUUAAAACUUUCCUAAUUAAGUUCGAUGGAGUUAUGAUGGACGAGUCGGACGAGGGUUACGUGAGCACCGGAGAAGCGCCAGGGGAGGACGAGGUUGACUUUUAA